AUGAACAUUCUCACAGAAGAAAAUUUUUUGUUGCAACAUGCCCUGGAGUCCUUGUUGGAUGAAGAACGAAAAAAGUCUCUUGUGGUGGUAAAAGAAAAGGAAGAUUUGCUUGUGAAGGUGAAGUGUGCCGAAGAGAAGUGUGCCGCGAAAGAAAAAGAGGUCCGUCGACUUGCUGAAAUGGUGGAGACAGAAAAGAUAAGGCACAGCGUCUCUGUGGCGCUACAUGAGAAGACAAUGGAGGAGAAGGAGGCACAAUACCGGGCGGAGCUCCAUCUGCAAGAGAAGCGGUUAGAGGAGAUGCAACAUGAGUUGCAGCAGCAACUGAAACGGCAAGAAAGUGAGCUCCUUGCAAAAGACAUAUUAUUAGAGAAGGAAAGAAAAAGAUGGAGAAAUUGGCACGAAGGAUACGAGAACGAAAAUUCCUCCGAUAUGGCCAAAAUAAAAGGGGCGUCAUGUGCAUGUCGACUCUCUCCAGAAGCCACAAUGAAUUUUGCCGAUAUUUCUUCCAGUACAACUCUCAUGGCGCAUGUGCCGUUUUCCGUGCCUCCCGAUGAUGAUGAUGCCCGUAACGUCUCGAAGAAGAGUCGGCUAGAGGCAGCCCGGCAACAACUACGGCAAAUAAAUGGAAAAAGCAAGGAGGAUGUCACAUUGAUCUCGCUUAGCAAGUUGAAUGACCUUCAAGAAAACUUCCGUCAUUAG